CUCAUUUUUUUUUUCUUUUCGACUGGCACUGUUUUGACGGCCAGGAAUUAAUAUUCCGGACAGCCAUCCUAUUUUGUCGUACGAAGAAUACCUUAACGCGAGGUGGGGCUUCCAGCCGGUGGUUGCUGAUAGAAAGUUUAACUCUGGUUGAUUUCAACGUGAUAUGUGCAGUUCUUAUUUUUGAGUUGUGGUGAUUUUAAUGAUAGGAUAGAAUAAAAAUGCCGACCGACAUUUGUCGAUGGUUGUUUCUAUUAAUUUCGUUAUCAACAUGGAUUACAUUCACAAAUACAAAGGAUAUACGUGUUGUUUGUUACUACACAAACUGGUCAGUGUAUAGGCCAGGAACGGCGAAAUUUGGACCCCAAAAUAUCAACCCCUAUUUGUGCACCCACUUGAUAUACGCAUUUGGUGGUUUCACAAAGGAAAACACUCUUAAACCGUUUGAUAAAUAUCAAGAUAUUGAAAAGGGUGGAUACGCAAAAUUCACAGGUUUGAAAACUUACAACAAAAAUUUAAAAACCCUCUUGGCCAUUGGUGGAUGGAAUGAGGGGUCUUCAAGGUUUUCACCCAUGGUAGCAAGUUCCGAAAGAAGGAAGGAACUAGUUAAAAAUACAGUAAAAUUUUUACGACAAAACCACUUCGAUGGUCUCGAUCUCGAUUGGGAGUACCCCACGUUUAGAGAUGGGGGCAAAUCUCGCGACAGGGAAAACUAUGCCCAAUUAGUCAAAGAAUUACGAGAAGAAUUUGAACGUGAGUCAGAAAAAACUGGAAGGACCAGACUGCUUUUGACCAUGGCUGUUCCAGCUGGUAUUGAAUACAUAAACAAAGGUUAUGACGUUCCCAAGUUAACAAAGUAUUUAGAUUGGAUGAACAUUUUAAGUUAUGACUAUCAUUCAGCAUUCGAACCAGCAGUGAAUCAUCAUGCACCUUUAUAUGGUCUGGAAGAAGAUUCGGAGUAUAAUUAUGAUGCAGAUUUAAACAUUGAUCACACCAUAAAACACUACUUGGAGUUGGGAGCUGACUCAAACAAACUCGUAUUGGGAAUACCCACAUAUGGAAGAUCUUAUACUUUGUACAAUCCAGAUGCCAACGAACUCGGUGCUCCCGCCGAUGGCCCCGGAGAUAUGGGUGAAGCCACCAGAGAAAACGGCUACUUGGCUUAUUAUGAAAUUUGCAACUACAUUAAAUCUGAAGACUGGGAAGUGGUACAACCCGACGAAGACGCCAUGGGCCCCUACGCCUUCAAAGGCAAUCAGUGGGUCGGCUACGAUGACGAAAAAAUUAGUCGCAAAAAAGCUGAGUACGUUGCCAAGAACAAUUUGGGAGGAAUCAUGUUCUGGGCAAUUGAUAACGACGACUUCAGAGGCAACUGUCACGGCAAGCCGUAUCCUUUAAUCGAAGCAGCCAAAGAGGCCCUCCUCAACGCCUACGGAAUCACCGACGACAAUCUCAUUGCACCAACUUCAAAACCCAUUAAACAGAAAACUAGAACGAGGACGAAGGUGUCAAGUAAAGAUGAAAGUGACAAUCAAGUAUCAACUUCGGGUGGUAGCCGCAGGAGAAACAGAGUGAAACCAAAAGAACCAGAGGCUCCAAGGGAAACGAAUAGAAGCAGACAAAAGUCAAGGAGGAAACAACACAAAAAUACCGAAGAAACAACAUCAACUUACAGUAGCUUGAAAGUGGUGACACCCAGUUAUACCACACCCGCUCCACCUUCAACUCCAGACCAGGGCGGUGCAUUCAAAUGCGAAGAUGAAGGCUUCUUCCCACAUCCCAAAGACUGUAAAAAGUAUUUCUGGUGUCUGAGUGGUGCGGGUGAUUCGGGCAUUGUGGCUCAUCAAUUUACAUGUCCAGCAGGUUUAUAUUUCAAUAAAGCAGCAGACUCAUGUGAUUACACUCAAAAUGUCCUGUGUAACAAAAAAUUAUCGCGCACAACAGCAGCAGAACCAACGAAAACAACCGAUUCGUCAACAACAUCAAAAUCAACGUUGACUAGCUUAUUCUCAACAACAAGAGCUCCUCCUAAAAUAACCGCUGCCACAAGUCGAACAACGUUUACGUUCAAAACUACAGAAGCUUCCGUUGAAGAAGAUGAAUAUGAAGAAUACGAUGAUGACGAGGACUAUGAAGAGGAUAGGAAAAUUGAUUCUGAAGACCCGAAAGUCAUCAAGGAAUUGAUUGAUUUAAUUAAAAAAGCAGGAGGAAUCGAGGAAUUAGAAAAGCGACUCCGGGGAGACACCCAAAGCAGUACUGGAACCAAUGAGUCAACAACUCAGUCAGCAAUUAGUAAAAGUCUAGUAGCCAGAGUUUUAGGACAAAAUGGCAGAAACAAGAUCACAAAAGCUAAUACGUUUUCAUUUACCAAUAAAAACAGUAGGGGCUCACAAACUGAUGGACUUUCCAAAACAAGUGACAGCAAAUCAACCAGUUCCAAAACAGAACGUGGUAGACCCCAAUACACAACAAUAUCCAGAUUUAGAACAACAGUUAAUAAGGAGAAUGAAGAAGGUGACUCAGAAGAUGAUGAAAAUGUUAAGGAUAAACCAGAUGAUACGGUGAAAUCCAUACGCAACUUUAAGAAGAACAGUACUCCUGAAUACGUAAAUAUAAGGAGAGCCAAAGUUAGCACCACAACUGAAGAGAAUGAUAGAAAUAAAAUACUUGGGGAAGAUGAAAAUGAACCUGAUGAUGAUGAUGACGACGACAAUGAUGGUUAUGACACUAAUAAAAAGUCUACCCCUCAGUACGUAAAUAUUAGAAGGCAGCACACUUCGACGACUGAGGAGUCAGUUACCUCAAAAUACAAAGAAAUAAGAAGAGGUUCAGUAAAUAAACAGGUGGAUGAAACUGAUGAGUCUACAUCAAAGUAUAAGUCUAUUAGGCGAGAACCCUCCCAAUCAGUAAAAGAAACUGAAGAGGAUAACAAUAAUUCAAAGUACAAAUCUAUUAGACGGGGAUCAUCUCAAACUGUCAAAGAAGUUGCUGAAGAAGAAAAUAACUCAAGAUAUAAAACUACCACACCUGGUACUGCUUUUACCGAAGAAAAUAACUUAACCAGCUUGAGAUAUAAGACUUUACAACGGGGUACAACUACUUCAUCUGGAAUCAGUGAUGAACCAAAAGACAAACUUAUUCGUGGAUCAACCACUCCUAGUGAAGACAAUGAAGCUUCUUCAAAAUAUAAACUUGUUCAAAGAGGCACCACUACCCCAGCAACCAUUGAAGGAACUGAAAUAUCUUCAAAAUAUAACUUCGUUAGACGAGGAUCAACAACUCUUUCAGCUAAGGAAGACGAUGCUAUUUUGCAAAGAAGACGUGGUACCACAACACAAUCAACCAUAUCUGCAGACAGGGAGAACGAAAUCAAUUUAAAAAUCGGAGUAGAUAGUACUACCGUGUCAUCUAAUGACAAUGAUAAUGAUAUUACGGAAAUAACUACAAGAUUACUUCCACAAGUAUCUUCAACAAGUUUGCCAAGCAGCCCAGAAUCUCAAAAUGGGGUUGAACUAUCCACAGCAUCACCAAGCGAUUUAACCUACACCACAUCAACCAAUUUAGAAGAGGAACCCACCACCGUAUUAGAAGGGAUUACAGACAAUACAACGGGUCCAAUUUUAACGACAAAACUUAUCGCAAUUGAAACACCCACAGAAACUAUUUUAAGCUCCACAGAAACCACAACGGAAACGAUUUCUUCGUCUACAAUUCCAAGACGAACUCCACCUACUCUUUUAGAACCUCGACCUUUCUCUAUUAGAGGAUCUACUUCGACAACAAGUAAAUCAAAAACUGAGUCAUCAACAGAAACGUCAAAGGUGAGUGAAUCAAAUUUCAAACUACGAUUAAGGACAAAACCAUCCUUCGCACAAAACGGUAUUGGCAGGAAUGAUAAUAGCUUAACGACUACUGAGAGUUCAAUAAAUAGUUCUAAAUUUAAAAGACGGGGUUAUUCGCGAUUUAACAUUGAAAGUGGUAAGGCAAACGUUAAUGUUGAGGAGAAUGAAGACAAUGAAUUCGAAGAACCUGAUGUUAAUUCUCAAGUAAGGUCCCGAAAAAGAUUUUCAACCACGGAGAAAAAUAUUAAUGAGGAAUUGGCCGAACAAAGGACUUACAGACCAGCUGAACUGGCUGACUUGUCCUCUUUAACCGCCAUCGACUUGUCAGUACUUAAAGGAUUUAAAAGUCAGAAUGGAUUCAAACGAGGACGUGGAAGGGGUAGAGUACAAACCACAAUAGAGACUUCAACGCCACCUGAAAAGGAAAAGGAAGAGGAAGAAAUUUUAAAAACUAGUUCCAGGACAUUACCUCUGGCAAGAAAAUUCAUACAAAACACAACAUUUGGUAAGGGUAAAAGAAUUAUUUCCACAAAAGCAGCUGGCAAUGAUGAUGAGGCUGAUUCAAAUGUGAAACUGAACGCAACCAGACCUCGUCUCCGAGGAGUAAGUCAGAGUAUUGAAAACACUCCUUCCACACCAUCAAAUAUCAAAACGAGGAAAGUCAUCAGAAGAUUUAGAUCCACAACGGUGAAUUCUUUGGACGUUGACAACGAGAAUGAUUUCAAAAUUAAAGAGUUCUCAUCAUUAGAAACGUCGAGUAAAUCUGCAUUUGUAGGAUUUAAGCGUAACGAGGCUUCUGAUCUAUUCCCAAAAAAUUCAAUCAAGGAUAUCUUAAAUAAGAGGCCCAUUAGAUUACCUUCCAUUAAAAAUACAGCGGAUGAUAAUGACGAUUCAGAUGACAUAAGCACUGAAGAGGAAGAAAACAUUAAGUUAUCCGAAUCCAAUAUAAGAGAAAACAGUGACGUAAACAGUCUAUCUGCCAAAGAAUUUAGGAAAUUGGGCAUUUACAAAAGUAAAGUGCAAGGUAAAUCUGACAUAGUUGAAAAGACCAGUAAUGUAGACUCGAAUCUAGAUGAAAUAGUAUCGACAACAACAACAACAACAACAACAACAACUGAAGAUACUUCAAGUGAUAUUACUCUAGGUACUAGUACCACAACAGUGAAGCCUUCAGAACCGCCCAUUAUAAUACGCACUAGAAAAAUUAUCAGGAAAUUAAGACCAACCCAACCCACAUUAUUGUUGGAAACAACCACCCAACAUUUUAAUGUCUCUGAACGUUCCCCCAUUUCAAAUACAACGACCAAUAUAAAAAGAAAAAUUAUUCGAAGACUUAGACCAACUACAACCACUACAACACCAUCAAUUACUACAGGCAGUGAAAACAAAAAACGCAAAUUUAUCUUAAGAGGCAGACCUACCACUGAAGAACCUACAGUUGUGGAGGUUUCAACGAAUUUGAAUGCUGAAAAAGAAACGGACACUUUAAUCCGAUUUAAACCAAAUUCACGCUUUAAUAGGCCAGCCCAAACCAGAAACAAUUUGCCAACUGUAACAUCUACUACACCAAGUUACAAAUACGUAACUCAAUUAACUGAAGAGAAAGGUGACGGUUUGAUACCAUCUUUACGUUCAACCACAUCUACCCCCGAAGAUGACGAUGAUGAAUAUGAGGAUGAUGAUGAUGAUGAGGAGGAAGAAGAGUUAAGAACUGAUAAUCGAAGUGGAACACACCCAGUUACAACUGAAAGAACAUCCUCAAUAAGACCUGUUCCUUCCCCUAACAGUUUACUUUCCAAAACUAAAUUAAAUGCUUUACUAACUGGAGUAUCAAAAACUCCCAGUUCAGUUUCGGAGAAGGAAGUUACUAGUGAAGUAAGUACAUCGUUAGUUGACACUAAAUCACGUAGCGAAAAUGAAGAAGAUGAUGACGAAUACGAAGAUGAUGAAGAAUAUGAUGAUGAUGAAGAUGAUGAUAAAGAGAACGGUGACGAGAAGAAAACUACUCCUUUAGCUCCAUUAGUGGAAACAUCUACCUUAAGGAAUACCUUGCUUCAUAGACAAGGAGAAAGACCUUCAUUUGUAGCCAAUAAAUUAAAUUUAAAUGCAAAAACUGAUAAAAAUAAAGAGAUUGUGAAACCAAGCACUCGGGAUUAUAGAACUAAACCGAGGCCUUCAUUUAAAAGAACCGAAACAACAUCUACAACUGAAAGUCUACCGUUGUUUACAAAGGCUAAAUACAAGUUUUACACAAGAUCUACCACGUUGUCUAGCGUUUCCACUGAACCUUCUACACAAAGUACUGUAAAAAGUACUACUACACAAGAAAACCAGAAUGUGGAAAACAUAGAAAACACCACUGUAAAUACAGAUAACUUACAAGAAAGUAACAACACCACUGAUUUAGAUAAUGUCACAACUACUGAAAAUAUACAAGACUCUGAAAAAUCAACUACAACUGUUGAAAGUACUGAAAUAAGUACUGAAACAAAUAUAAAUGAUAUAACAACAAGUAGUAGCAUCAUAUCUGAAAAUAUUACAGAUGGUACUACACUCAAUCCAACUACAACUACGAUAGACUCUAUAUCAGAGAUUACUGAUAGUACAACAAAAGAAACUGAAUUACAGUCCUUAUUAGAAAAUGGUACCAAUACUAAUUUAGAAGAAAACAUUACUACAGAAGAAAUUAAUGUUUUACAUGAAAUAACGACGGUCCAAGUAGAAGUCCAAGAUACUACAGAAGAUUCUACUGAAUCAAUUAUAACAACUGAGUCAGUAGUGGAUACUGAGUCUACUUUAAAUACUACAAGUGAAACUACGACUCAGUCCACUACACCUUACAUACCUAAAAGUACUUUGAGACCAAUCAACUCUCGUCCUAAAUUCAAUGUACCAAAAAGAACAUCACUUAACAAAUCUACACUAGAAACAACUACAAAGCGACAAAAUAGAUUUAGUUUAAGAAAUAAAUCAAGAUUGUCUUCUGAGACUGACACAUUAACUGUAAAUAAAGUACCUUCCAUAAAAGCAAGACCAAGUUCGACUACAGCUAUACCUAUAAAUAAAUUUAUUUAUAAGUACAGUACUACUGCUAAACCUAGAUAUACACAUAAGGAAGAGGUAUCUGAUGAUGAUGGUGGUGAUGAUGAUGAGGAUGAAGAUGAGGAGUAUGAUGAUGAGGAAGAAGAAGACGAUGAAGAUGAAGAGAAAGUAGAAGUAAAAAAUAAUAAAGUAAGUUCACCAAAACCAUUUACAUUUAAUAGACCAACCACGCCGAAAAUUAUAAAUAGUCCUGUGACUGCCAAAAAAGUGCAAAAUGUUCCAUUUGGAAAACCCUCAAAUAAAACCACAAAAGUUGUUAACAAGCCACGAGUUGUGUUCCAAAAAACCACAACGGCCCCAGUGACUGAAAGUUUAAUUGAUAUUGAUACAGAGGCCAUUAAAAAUAGGAACAAAAACCUGUUUUCCAAAAAGAGAACAAUGAACACGCCUUUUGUUGGUCCAUCUUCCACACCUACACUUAGCGAAGUAAUGAAUUCUACUGAGGAAUUCGUAACUUUGGCUCCUCAAAUAACUGAACCAAUUACCAAGCCGUCUGUAUCCGAAACUACUGAACCAUUAACGACUUUGCAUCACAUUUUUGCGGAAGCUGAAGACGAUAUUAACCAAACAACAACUGAAUCCUCCAAUAAAUCAGUUGAAUCAAGCAAAGUCGAAAAACUCAUAGAAGUAAAUCGAAUUAUUAAAGUGUAUGCUAAAGAGGCGAAACUGAAGAACCACACAUUACAAGAACAAACAAAGGUAGAAAAAGUACCGGUUGUCGAUAAAAUUGGUGCCAUUAACAGAGUCACCGUUAUUAAGAUUGUGGAUGGGAACAAUGUCACUCAGACUAUAGAAGAGAAUUCUUUUGACAAUGAAAUCAACUCAAAAUUGCCCAACACUACGGAUAGCCUAUUACCAAAUGUUGAAGAGGUUACCACAGUCGCAAACAAUGACAAUUCGAAACAACCUGUGACAAUUAAUAUUCGCGGUACUUACAUCAUACCUGAAUUGGCUAUUGUCAAAGAAAUAUCGGCAAAUGAUACUUUAUUAACAGAUAGCAUUCCAUCGAAUCACAGACAAGACAGGAAAUACGAAUUAUACGGUGAAAGUAAAGUACACGAUUAUAAGUCAAAAAAUUCUUUCCCCAAUGAGAUAAUUAAACCGGGCUUAGCUGAAAUUAUUGAUGGCAACUCCCAAGUAAAUAUUAUAACACCCAGGCCAAUCUUAAGUACUGAAGCUUCCACAAUAUCACUGGAACGUCUAUUCCUAACUGACACACCCCGUAAUAUAGACAACAUCCACGGAAAUCUGAUUCAGGUCAAUACCAACGAGGAACUAUUAGAAACACAGAAUUCCAGAUUUGUGAACGUAAGGAUUUUGGAGCAGGGAGGUGCACGCACCAAUAAGGGCUUGCGUGACGACUCUCCUUUGCUACCCAUACGUGUCCUCAAGCAGGACGUGGAGGAAGUCACAAUGAAAGCUCACGUGGUUGAAGUCUCUCCCCGGGAUAAUAAAGAUACGAUCAAAAUUGUACCGAUAAAAGUUGAAAUGUCCCGAAAAUUAGCAAACGAAGACAAAGUACAAAAAACUAACGUACCGUUCGUAACCAAUGUUGAAUCCGGGGUGCCCAAAGUAAAUAUUAAAUUAAUAACACCAUGAACUCUUAGUCAUUUUUAAUAUUAGGUCAUAGAUAUAAUUUAUACUGUAGUAUUAUUAUGUUAUGUAUGUAAAUAUUUUGUUAUUAUUAUUGAUUUAUUUAAAAUAUGAAUGUGAGUGAAAUUUUGUUGUAAAUAAUAUGCACUUUUGUAAAAUACUUGCACUGUCUUUACUUAUCUCCUUUUAUUUUCUGUGUGUGCCAUAUAAAUGGUUUUUUUCAAUAUACUGUUUUGUUAAAAAUGGCCAGUGUGUUUUCUUUCUAUUGUAAUUGAUUUAAAUUUAAAUAUAUUAUAUUGAAUA